AUGGCCCUAGGUCUUCUCGCCGGGUCGGCAUCCGGCCUCAUCUAUACCGAACCAUUCCGCCCUCAAUAUCAUUUCUCCCCCAAGAGCAAUUGGAUGAAUGACCCUAACGGGCUCCUAUACUAUAAUAACACCUAUCAUCUCUUCUUCCAAUAUAACCCAGGUGGAAUCGAAUGGGGGAACAUGUCGUGGGGCCAUGCAACGAGUAGAGACUUGGCCCACUGGGAAGAGCGUCCCGUCGCUCUACUUGCUCGUGGAUAUCCCGACACUAUCACCGAAAUGUAUUUCUCAGGAAGUGCAGUAGCAGAUGUGAACAACACAAGUGGCUUCGGGGCUGAUGGAAAAAUCCCUUUGGUCGCCAUGUAUACGUCUUCCUACCCAAUUUCUCAAACGCUCCCAAGCGGGAAACACGUUCGUGCAGAACAGCAAUCCCAGUCCAUCGCCUACAGUCUCGACGAGGGCGAGACCUGGACAACAUACGACGCUGAGAACCCUGUGAUCCACAAUCCACCCUCCCCAUACGAAGCGGAAUUUCCAAACUUCCGGGAUCCCUUCGUAUUCUGGCACGAAGAUACACAGAAAUGGGUUGCUGUCACAGCUUUGGCCUCAGCCCACAAACUCCUAAUCUGGACUUCAGCCAAUCUCAAAGAAUGGUCUCUUGCUAGCGAAUUCGGGCCUUACAAUGCAGUAGGCGGCGUAUGGGAAUGUCCCAAUCUGCUCAAAAUUCCAGUCCAGGGACACCCAUCAGCCACGAAAUGGGUCUUGGUUCUGGGACUCAAUCCUGGCGGGCCACCCGGCACGGUCGGUUCAGGCACGCAAUAUUUCAUCGGCGACUUCGACGGAACGAGCUUCAAGGCUGAUCCCGCUAGCGUAUACGCAGGUAAUAGCACCGCCAAUUGGAUGGAUUGGGGUCCGGACUUCUAUGCCGCGGCCAGUUACAAUGGACUCUCUGGAGGUGACGUGGUUCAGAUCGGGUGGAUGAAUAACUGGCAGUACGGUGCGAAGAUCCCGACAGACCCAUGGCGAAGUGCAAUGUCUAUCCCUCGUCAGUUGUCGUUGAAGAUGGUUGACGAGAAAGUCACUCUGCUUCAACAACCUCAUCAGAGCUGGCGGGGUGUUGUCAAUCACCAGAGUGGGAAGCACUUCUGGAAAUCUGUAUCAGAAGGAUCAACUAGGCUUGGCUCCCCGGGGAAGGCAUUCAAGAUCGACUUGAGCUUUUCGGAUCAUGACUCCAAUGACUCUUUGGCAUCAACUUUUGCCAUAGCUGUUCGCGCCAGCUCCGAUUUCGAGCAAGAAACGCUUAUCGGGUACAAUUUUACCAGCAAGGAGGUCUUCGUUGAUCGACAACGCUCUGGGAUAGUAUCGUUUGACAAAACAUUCGGUAGUUUGUAUCAUGCACCGCUGUCCGCAGACUCGGAAAAACGUGUUAACCUGCAAGUCUUUGUGGACUGGUCUAGUGUGGAGGUCUUGGGGGGUCAGGGAGAGGUUGCUUUGACUGCCCAGAUAUUUCCAGAGGGAAAUGCAACUGAAGCGCGAAUUAUUUCCACACAUGGAGUGACGCGGGAUGUGAGGCUUCAAAUCAACGGGAUGAGUUCGACAUGGUACUGA